GCUAUCUAUGUUUACCAGAAGGCGGCCAUCCUCAGCAUGAUGUCAGAGGAGGAGGCGAAGAAGACGGGGGAGGACAUCACGGAGCUCUUCAGGCAGGUGGAGGGGCUGAAACAGCGCCUGGCGGGGAAGUCGAUCCCGACAGAGAAAUUUGCAGUGAGGAAGUCCAGACGCUACAAAGCUGCUAACCCCAUCCCCCUGCUCAUCCCCGCACUGGAGAUGAUGUACGUUUGGAACGGUUUCACCAUCGUUGGGAAGAGAGCCGACAGUACCGAGGCCCUACUGGUUACCAUAGAGACGGCUGAAGAGCAGCUUCGCAACGACCCAAACCCGUCAGAGUUUCACCCAGACGACAGCUGCCUGGUCCAGAUGUUGAAGGGACUCUGUCUCAAACACCUGGGCAGGUUACUGCAGGCUGAGCUCUGCUUCACGCAGGUCCUGUCCAGUGAGAACCGAAUCAGAUACGAUCACUACCUGAUCCCCUUCACGCUCUACGAGUUGGGUCUGCUGUAUAAACAACAGGGAGACUUCACCAAGGCCACCACCUACAUCGAAAAUGCUAAGACCAACUACAAGGAGUACUCCAUGGAGUCCAGACUGCACUUCAGGAUCCACGCGGCCCUCAGCAGCCUCAAAGGGUCACCUGUCGGCACCCCAUAAUACUCCGAAACGACUCUGGAAACAACAGAAACACAAAUCCAGGAACGCGAUGAAGCGCGCCGAAAUGAAGGAGCUCAAGCGUGUCGGGGGUUUGAUGUCCGACUCUUCUUCUUCUUCUCCAUUGCUAGCAGCCUUAUAUAAUAUUUAACGGUUCCUUAUUUAUUUUUCAGCGUGUUGACAGAUUAUUUAAGCGCCUCUUCUCAAACAGGCCCGUGCUUCCCGUCAGCGUCUGCUGAGGUUUAUUGGUGGACGCAGCGCCGCGGUUCAAUGCCAAAUGUCAGUUUAACCAACAGACGAAGAGGUAACGACCUUUACACGGCUCGUUCACUCAGACACGACCUUUACUGAACGCAGCCGCACUCUUUGAUAGAAAAAGCACAAACUUUAGAAAAGACGAUCAGCUGUCAAACCAAGACGGGAAACCCGUGAGUGCGCCCGACAAAUGUUAUGAUUGAUCUCUUUUCACUCUGUCUGAACGAGCCCGAAAAUCAAAUCUUUACUGCUCCAAAAACCAACACGUUCUCAUCCCAACUCGUCAAAUAUUGCCGCUUGGUCGCUGGACUUUAAUGUCUGCAUAUUACACACACGGCACCAGCACCAACAUAACCUAACCAUGACCCAAAUGUAAUUUCAAAUCUACCC